AAUCGAUCGCAUUAUUCAUUCCAAUUUGAUACGUGCCCGUCAGACCACCGCAGCUUUAUUAAUUGGCUUGUCUGACGAUACCGAGGAUACGUUGAUGGACGUACCCACUCUGACUAAUCUGUCCGCUCCUUACCGCUGUGCUCUCCAGGGGAACUAUUCAGCUACUAUCGACCAAUCCCAUCGCUCGUCAACAGAGCUAGCGGAAUAUAAAAUCGGUAAACCGUACAUACCCUAUCCUGGUGCUCCCUUCUACUGUCAAGAAUCACAGUAUUUGGCUGAAGGACCUCCACCUGUGGCGCCACAACCGCCUGGCGCAAGCUCUACUUCAGAUAAAUUUCGGGCGAUUGAAGGUCGUCGGUUGGAGGAUGGUUUUCGUGUGCACAUCAAUCGACUCGGUCUAACAGAUACCGUCAGCUCGGACAGCGCUCAUGACGAAACAGUUGUGUUUGUCGGACAUGCAAACGUGUUUCGUUACUGGUUGUGUCGGGCACUACAGCUGCCCCCGGAAGCUUGGCUUCGGAUCCAGUUGUAUCACGGGAGUGUAAGUUGUUUGGUACUUCACUUCGAGCCGGGACCGGACGGUGCUUGUGUGGUGACUGCCACCCGGAUU